AUGGCGACUACUACACCAAUUUUAACUUCAAAUACAAUAAGUUCUGAUGAAAUAUUGUCAGAAUCAAGUCUUACACCAACAAAUGAUACAAAUAAAUCAGAAAUUGAUAAAUUUAUAACAAAUUUUUUAUUAAUUAUAUUUCCAUUAUAUAUAUGUGCUAUUUUAUUGAAUUUUUUAUCAAUUUAUUCAAUACUUAUGGCAAAAAUUUAUCGUCAAUAUUUAUCUAAUGUACUUUUGGCAGUUAUUUGUAUUGGAGCAUUAAUUAAUUUACAUGGUCUAAUGUUUUUAAUACUUUUACGAUGGACAAAUACUUCAUCAUCAACUCAACUUUGUUCGUCAUCACUUUAUGUUCGUGAUAAUGGUUCAAUUCUUAUUUAUACACAUGUUUUACUCUUGGCAUUCGAACGCAUUCUUGCUAAUUUAAAAAAACAUCCAACAAAUCUAAAUAAUAAACGUAUUCAAAAAGCUCAUCUUUUUCUUAUAGUUAUGUCAUUAAUAAGUAUUAUUCUUUCAUUAACUGUUCCAAUUUAUACAUUAACUCGUUCAUCUUUUUCAUCGAUAAAUGGUUUAUGUACUCCAGAUGAAAUCGAAUCUUAUAAAAAAUAUUUACAUUGGAUUUAUUAUGGUUUUGGUCAUUCAUUUGUAUGGUCAUCAUGUAUUUUACUUACAAUAUUUCUUAUUCGAAAAACAACAAUAUCUUAUUCAACAUUAAUUCCAAUGAAUAGAAUUAUAUUAAUAAUUAGUUUUUCAACUUGUAUUAAUCUUUUAAUAAGUACAUUAUUUGAUGAUAUUAUUGGUAUUGGUGAUAAAAAAAUAUUAGAUACAUUAGAUGGAUCUUCUAUAACAACAAUCUUUUUGAUGAAUUUACGUGAUUUCAUUUCAAUUAUAGAUAAAAUAUUAAUUGGAUUAUUAUUUUUUCUUUUUCGACCAGAAAUUCGUUUAUGGUUAUAUGAAUCAAUGAAAAAAUUUCAAUUAAAUAAAAAUGAAACUAUAAUACCACAAAGGUUAGAAAUACAUAAUGUAAUAGAUGAUAAUUAUUAUGAAACAGAUGAUGGACAACUUCAUCCUCCAGCAGAUAUUUAG